AUCCACAAACUUAUUGCUCAACAUAAAGCGAAAUUACCAGCGCAUUUUCGCUAUCAGUUCAGGCGCCUCUCUCUGGCGAUAGCUGGACUUGUAUUCCGUUCCUUCAGCUCGCUCGAGCACCGCAGAUAUACUUGCUCCGUCGGGCAAAUGGUCCUGCAGAACAAAUACAAAGCACGGGCGUCUGCCAAGUAUCAGUCUUCACGGGGCAACAGAGGGUGGCGCGGUGGAGCUCGUGGCCGUGGAAACGGUGUGCAUAGAGGUACAGACAUCUGGGAUGCUGUUCCGGCUGCUGUUCCGGAUGAAGAGGGAGACGUGCUGAAUGACGAUGAAGAUGUGCACGGCGAAAGUGAUGCAAUUGACGAAGGCGAGAGUCCCUCGGAAUUCCGUCCCCUGCAGGCGACAGCGAAAGCGAAGGAAAACUCGGCUGUGGAAGAUGUUGACGAGGAAGUGCUAGACCGCCAACGCCAGCGACAGAAAUAUGGCCGUCGCAAGAUCGAAUCAAACAUAUGGAGGUUCCAGCAAUGCGUCAAAGACCCACAUAUGGAAGAUUCAGUUUCCGAGCCAGAGGUGGACAUUUCAGGCCUUGUAGAGCGGGUGAAGCAACUCGAUACAAGUCGUGCACACAAGAACACAGUCUCACUUGGUUUUGCGGAGCAAGAGGAGGCAGAAGACAUCGAAGAGGAUAUUGAUCACAGCCUUGCGUACCUCAAAGGCAGAGAACAGCAACGACGGAAAGGCAAGGGUCAUGGUGUAGAGGAUGAUUGGAUUGCAUCUGCCGCUGGAAAGGGUGGCGUCGAUGACCGGCAGAUCACCCACGAGGAACGCCAGAGACUAGCCGAGGAAACGGAGGAGAUGCUCAAAGAAAAGGAGAAGGCCGAGGCACUGAGAGCUUUGAAAGAGCGUUUCUUGGGUCGUGCAAUUGGUGAGCGCGAGAGUAAAGCCCGUACAGCCAUCUUGGAUCCGGGAGCGCGCGUCGCCGUGUCAAGCAAGCCUGUCUUCAAGAUACCCUCAUCCAAGGGGGCGAAUGAAGACCGGCAAAUAUACCGCAACGAUCACACGACCAGCAAGGAAAGACCAAAGCCGCAGGUCGAGAGCGAUCAAGAUUUCCUCGAUGCCAUGCUCGGCUGAAGCACGUCGCACUCACAUGUAGUAUAGCAUUCACCGUCUCAAUUGUAGAACAUGUAGCCCC